AUGAUCGCUUUCAAGAUGAAGAUCUUUGACCCGAAGGAAUUCAGUUUGUUCGCCUACGUCGAUGGAAAAGAGCACGCAUUGGAUGACAGUUUUCACCUGGCUGAUUUCAUCGAUUCCACGUUUGAUUUCCAAGGGUCGCAACAGACUUUGCCUGGUCGUUCGGCAACUAGUACAAUGAACAGUGUGCGGGAGUUACCCAACCAACCGACAACACAAAUUUUGAAACCGGCACAUAGCUACUCAGCUAGUUCGCGGUCGGGAUCGCCCACUAGCAGUUCGAAUGACUCACAGGGACAAGUAAAACGCAUUGUGCGUCGAGGAUCCCGCUUAGGCCAUAACACAACUCCGUGGUGGGUCCUGUGCAAAAAAGGUCCGGGUAACACGGUCGUGGGUCCUUUUAGUUCCGGCCGUGUUUCUGGUGUAGCAGGUGGCGCCCAGACUGGUCUUGGAGGCAGUUCAGAAACCGAGAUGGUUGGCCCUGCACCGAACGCAAUCGAUGUGAUCAAUUCUCCUCCGCUGGGAACCGGUAGACCAUUGCUGAUCUUUCGACGUGCCAGUGGAUACUUUGCCAUUUCCGACCGUCUUCUUCAGUGCCUAGGCGAGUAA